AUGACCAUUCCAUAUUCAUGUGCAUAUUCUUAUGGUGCUAAAUGGGGCGGAACGCCCCUGCUGGCCGUAGCCACGGAGCAGGGCAGUGUACAUAUCCUCGACACCUCCAAAAGACAGGAGUGGGACAUAGACAUAUCGCAACGCGCUACCUUCCACCCGCACGCAAACGGCAUCUUCGACGUCAAGUGGUCUCCCUCAGAUACGCUCAUCGCAACCGCGUCCGGCGAUCACUCUACACGUAUAACAUCACUAGCGUCCUCCGUCUUGUCAGAACAUAAAACUCUGCACGUUCUGCGGGGCUCUUCUGGUACGGUGAAAUGCAUUGCGUGGGACCCGCUAAAGGAUGGGACGGUCCUGUGCACCGGAGGAAGAGAUGGUAGUAUAUGCGUGUGGGACCUACGAGUCAGCGAAGGACGAGGACGCGACGAAGUCGAGACAGGCUCAAUCGCACCGGUCAUCGUCAUCCCGAACGCCCACGGCGCCCCCUCCAAGCCGAAGGGCAGAAAGGGUAAGCUCGCCCCUGCUGCGCCCCUCCGGAGCAUCACAAGCUUGGUGUAUCCCGAAGGAAACCCGUACUGCGUGGUCAGCAGCGGUUCUUUCGACGGCAUUCUGCGGCAGUGGGACUUCCGUCUUCCCAGCGAGUCGACUACAACCAAGAAAACCAAGAAAGUACCCAAGGGUCCUCCCAAACCGGUCUGCACGUCCUCGACCGAUCCAACGACGUAUCGGGGCACCCGCCGUAUGCGCGGCAUCACCAGCAUCACAGUCGGUCACGGCCUAUCAGCGGGGCUGCUCUUCGGACUCGGCACGGACUCACGCGUGCACACAUACCAAUUGCCCUCGUUGGAACCCCUCUCGGGCUAUGCGCCAGAAGGGGACGACAGCUGGGCGUACACACACGUGAACAUGCAGACGAACUCGUUCUACAUACGCGGGGCGAUGUCGCCCUGCGGACGGUGGCUCGCCAGUGGGGGCACGGCCAACGGGCGCGCAUUCCUCUUCGAAGUUGGUACCACCGCAUCUGCGGGCCGCGCGAUGUUGGGCGGCUACGCGCAUACCAGGGUGCCCAUUGCGGUGGAGUUGCAUGGACAUAUGGGCGAAGUCGGCGCGCUGGAUUGGGCCCAGGAUAUGCUGGCCACGUGUGCGGAUGAUGCGACUGUGCGUGUGUGGAGACCGGACGUGGAUGUUCGCCAGAGGUGUGCUGAGGAUGGCGAGGCGAUGAGGUGGCAAUGGAGCUGGGCAGGGAUGGAUUGA